CAUCAUCAAGGAAAGACUUGAAUUUUUGGUCGGAAAAUCUUGAAGCUACAAUUUUUGUAAUUUGUUUUGUUUUGUGAUUUUGUAGUUUGAUUUUAAAACGGUUGAAUUGUUGUUUUUGCCUUUGAUAAGGAUUGUUCUACAUACAUGUGCAAAAUGAAGUGAGGUCAUGUUCAACUUUUGAGGUCGCUUUCCUGUCCAGAGCAGACUCCAGUUUCUGGAGAGUGUACUCCUUUGUGGAAAUCCGUUCUGGAGGGAGAGAGAGGUCAGGAAAAUGGUGUCGAAAGUUGGCAAAAAUCUACCCAUUGAUGUCGAAUCGUUGAUCGUUUCGACAAAUGGCCCACCAAUCUUUUCUGAAGUUGCGUUUUGCACCACGGGAAAUGUGGAUGGAAAGGUCAGCGCAUUGUUGGAGGGCGGCGGUGCUAAAAAGCGGACAUAUGUCGGAGUUGCUACCACCCACAUGCUGGCGGGCUCGGAUGCUGAUGAGAUGAAGGUUGAUGAAGCCAAGGACAUUUUCGAACUGCCCGUCGUCACUCCGGAAUGGGUCAUUUUGUCCGCACAAGUCGGAAAGCAGCUUCCAAUUGAUGGAUUUGAACGUCACCACAAGAAAUUAUUCUCCUCCAUUGUUGCCUGUGCUUCUGGAAUAAGGGGCAAAGAUCUCUGCACACUGUGGUCCCUACUCUCAUUCUACGGGGGAGAGUUUAGAAAAAAUUUAACUGCAAAGUGCACCCAUGUGAUUACAAAUUCUUGUUCGGGAAGCAAACGUCAACUCGGACUGGACAAAGGGUUAAAAAUUGUGUGCAGUGAUUGGGUUAUUGAGUGUAUUAAUAGCAAUACUCUUCUCGACGAAGCACGUUUUGAUCCAACGUUAUUACAAAGUAUUAAUCACGAUUCUUCAGUAGCUGUACCGCCACAUCUUCUUGCACCAAAAGUACCCCUUCAAAAUGUUCCUAAAGCUGUCACAACGACGACCGCUGUCCCUCUCGAAACUAGAAUACCACCGACAACAAUUUCUGGUGGUGUGCCUAUUUCAACUACUACACCAACGCCAACCACCCAAUACAAUCAGUAUACGAUGAUGCGACCGCAGGGUGGAGUUCUUACUCAGCCAACAAUUUUACAAAAUCAGUUAACAACACAAGCUCAACCACUUCAAGUAAAUUUGAUGGGGAAUCCUAACCUCCAGUCUGGUCCAAGAAUUAGAUUUCAGACGCCUCAACAAAUUCAAUCCCAGCAGCAGCAGCAGUUUCAUGUUGGAGAUUCUUCUCAGUACAACUUACACAAUCCCAAUGUGCCGGGUAAUAAUUUUCACAGAGUUUCAAGUCCAACAGGACAAAUUCAUCCCCCACCAUCGCCAGGAAAUCAAAAUCAAAUGCUUCACCAGCAAGGUGGUGGAACUUCACCACAGCAGCAGCAACAACAGAUUAAGCAACAGUUUCAAAUUCCAGGUCAACCCAUGGGCCAACCCAUGACACCGCAACCAAUGGGCCCUCCACAAUCUCCUCAACAGCCCUUGACGGGGAUCAUGAUCCCUCCUGGUCAACAAUCCACCAUGCAAAAAAUCACUUCACCUUUACAACAGAUGAACGUAAACACAAUUAAUCAGAACAACCAACAACAAAUUCCUCCUCAACAAGGCCAGUCAGCGGUGAUGCAAAAAUUGCAGAGUCAACAAUCUCAUCCACCAUCGUCAAUCUCUGGCAAUAUUAUGCACCCGGCAGGAUCCCCGAUGCAGGUUACGUCUCCUCAAGGAAUGCACCACGGGCAGAUAAUAGCUACUGGACAACAGCAAAUGAUGAUUCAAGGCCAGCCCCAAAAUAAUGCUGGUCAGAUAGUUAUGCAGCAAGGAUCUCCAGGACAAAAUCAAAUACCAAAUCAUCAAAUUCACCAAGGACAUAAUCAAGUAACAAUGAUGACCAACCAACAAAUGGCACAGCAGCAACAGAUUAUUAAAAGUCCUGGUGGCCAGAAAAUGAUUCAAAGUCCAGUUGGUCAGCAAAUGAUUCAAAGUCCAGGCGGACAACAAAUGAUUCAAAGUCCAGGGGGACAGCAAAUGAUACAAAGUCCAGGUGGUCAGCAAAUGAUACAAAGUCCAGGCGGGCAACAAAUGAUCCAAGGUCAGCAGAUUAUGCAAAACCAAAAUCAGAUGAUUCAGAGUCCUGGAGGACAACAAAUAAUUCAAGGUCCAAAUCAGAUGAUCCAAACGCCCGGUGGCCCACAAAUGAUCCAAACGUCAGGUGGCCCACAAAUGAUCCAAGGGCAAGGAGGUCAACAACAAAUAAUGCAAAACCAGCAAGGAUUGCAGACGAUACAGGGUCAACAAGGACAGCAAAUAAUGAUGCAGCAAAGACCACAACAGAGUCCUGUUGGCCCUCAUCAAAUGCAGCAGCAGGGAGGACCGCCGCCGCAUCAAUUUCAGCAAAUGCAAUAUCAGUCUCAAGGUAUGCAACAACAGCAGCAGCAGUUCCAAUGUCAACCUAACAAGCCUCAAAUUCCACAACAACAGUUUAAUCAAAUGCAACAACAACAACGACCCCCUCACAUAAUGCAAGGUCAACAACAACAAGGUCAGCAGGUUCGAAUAUCUCUCCAAUCUCCACAACAAUCACAGCAGCAACAACUACCCCAAAAUCAGCAGCAGACCCAUUUCCAAUUUAUACAGUCUCAACAACCUGGUGGAAAUAGGCCGCAAGUUGUGAUGGGUCAAAUUCAAAAUCGUGGCCAGUUUCAAACCAUUCAGACCCAAAAUCCUCAAACCUCACAACCCAUGGUAAUGGGACAACAAAUCUAUCGACAACAACAGCAAGGACCACAACAGGGACAGAUGCAAAUGUUUCACCCACUUCAACAACAACAAAUAAGACUUCAGUCACCUCCCCUUGGGCCAGGACAACAGCAACAACAAGGACCGGGAGGACAGCAGCAGGGACCACUGCCACAGGGUCAGUUGCAGCAACAGCAACAACAACAACAACCCCACAUGAAUCCCCAGGGACAAAUGAUACCCCCACAACAGAUUCAACAGCAACAACAAGGUGGUCCCCCUCAACACUACAGUGUCGUCAUAACACAUCAACAGUUUCAACAGGGUCAACAACAACAACAAGGCGGGCUACCACAUGGCCAACAACAACAACAAGGCGGGCUACCACAUGGCCAACAACAACAACAGCAACAACAAUUACAUCCACAACAGCAACAGCAAAUCCCAGGGGGAAUACAACAACAAAGGGUUCAGUUUCAGCCACGUCCACAAACCUUCACUUGGACUCCUCAACAGCAAAUGGAACUUCUCCAGCAUAUCCAGUCAGACCCACAAAUUCGAGCCCAGUGGAGCAGAAUGGAUGGAGCGCAGAGGCAAUUAUUAAUGCAAAAGUUAUCUCAAAGGAAACGUGAAGAGCAUUUGCGUGAUAUGUUGAUGCGACAACAGCACAUGACCCAGGGGGGUCCUCCAGGUCCAGGACAGCUUCCCAUGUCGCAAACCCCACAACUGCAGCAGCAGCAGCAAACACAAAUAAUUUCCAAUCAGCAGGGACCUGGGGGUAAUCCUCAACAACAACUACAACAGCAGCAGCAGCAACAACAACACAUUAUUCAAAAUGUUGGACAACCUGGCGACAAACCCGUACUGAUGGGUCAACAGAAUCAACAGAUGCAUCAAAAUCACCCUGUUGUGGUAGCUCAAGGAGGAAUUAUUAGUCCAACUACCCCAACAGGGCAACAAGCACCUCAUCAAGGACCUCUCAUGGGGCAACAGCAGCAACAACAACAACAGAUUCUUAUACAUUCUCAAGAUGGUCACAAAGUAGUACAAAGCCCGAUAAUGAGCCCCCAUCCAAAUCAAGGAGGAGUAGUCAACAUUCAGAGUCACCAGCAUCAACAGUUGAUCGUCUCGCAACAACAGCAACAACAACAAAAGGUGGUCAACUCACAAAUGUCCCCCAACAACCAACAACAACAGCAGAAAUUCCUGACUCCUGCCCCCGUACACAACCGGCUUCCAGGUCACGGAGUGAUAGGUGCACCCCAACAAAGUCCCAAUCCCUCUGGUCUCGUUAGAACGCAGAUAUUUACUCCGCAAGUAGCCCAACAGCAAAGUCAGGUUCGCAUUCAUCAAGUCUUGAUCCAGUCUGGUGGACAGGCAAGACCGCAACAAGUAGGGAUGCAACAACUCCAACAACAACAGCAGACUCAGAAUAAAAUCCCAAUGUUACCACAACAUCAGCAAGUAGUUCAACAACAGCAAAACAAUCAGUGGUCACAACCGCAGCAAAGAAUCGCGACCCCGUGUCCUUCCCAAAGUCCGUUUUCUCCUCGAGUGCCAGGAACUCCGACGGACUCUUCUGGCAGUCCGUCCCCUCAGAGUUGGAACGUCCGUCCCAUGUCACAGUCACCACAAAGUCCUGGGGGUCCAUCCUACGUGGUUAAUCGGAACGUUAAGGAGUGUCUGCCUGGAGCACCGAUUCAGAUGGUGAAUAGCUUUGGAGCUGCACGAGCCACCACGUCCCAGUCGUCCCCUACACUCCCAGCACCUCCGCAGAGACCUCAGUACAAUGGACAUGACCCUCAGGUCAAACUCCCUCCUGCAGCAUACUUUUUGGGCUGCAUAUUUUGGUCAUCAGAGGAGUUUGAAGAGCUGCCGGGCGCAGGUUGGAAGGAGGCAGUGAUAAAGUACGGAGGAAAAAUCGUCAAGGACUACACCUCCAUCGUCACUCAUGUGGUCGCGGAACAUUCACGAUUUCCAGAGUACCUUCAAGUUCUCAGGGAGGGGAAGCGAAUCGUGUCCAACUUCUGGUUGAAUGAUGUGAUUGAGAGGCAAAUUAUGGUGCCCCCUUAUCAAGCGUUUCACCUUCCUGCAUUAUUUCCUAGGCGACCGUUGCCUUUAAACGACCAAGUUGUUACUACGACUAAUUUCCUUCCGAAAGAUAAAGCUAGAUUAAUAGCAGUAAUGAAGCUCCUGGGUGCUAAAUAUAAUUCAUACUUCUCCAAAUUUAGCACUUUUCUCCUUUGCAACAAACCGGAGGGAUUAAAGUAUCAAAAAGCUCGCGAGUGGAAAAUUCCCGUGGUCAAUACACAAUUUAUCGCUGAGCUUUUCUUGGGACACGCGUCUGCUCUACAAAUGAUACACAGUCCCAAAUAUCAAUGUUUUAAUCCUGAUCAGCCUCUGCGCCUUGACUUUGCACUUGCUCCGCCAUUGAUGGCGUGCUGGAAGAUUCCUAUUCGAGUUAGUGUUGAGGCGGUUGAAAACUUUAGAAAACGAGCUGCAGAAGAUAAAUUGGACAAUGGUCUCGGUGCCAAACGCUUAAAAUUGGAAAAUGGCACAGUUUUCAAUGGCGAGGUUUCAGUGCAACAAGAAAAUAUUUUGGAUAUCGAUAAUGAGCCCCUGUCACCAGCUGCGCCGACACGAUCCAUCGGUGAUGAAGAGAAAGUCGAAAAUAAACCUGACACUUUACCCGAAGCUGUUGUUGCCAAAAUUGAAGAUGGGACACCAACACCUGUUUCCAGUGCAGUCGUUGCGAUGGAAUUGAGCACUGUUGAAAACUCUGAAACACGCUCUGAUGUAUGCUCUGAAAGUAUUAAGGAUGUCCAAGUUGAAGCAGUCAAGGAUCUCGAGAAAACAAAGCCAUCAGACCCAGAGAAACAGGAAGGUGUCACAGAAGAUGACCUGAAAUUGGUACCGUACACGGGUAGUGGUGGCGAAGUUAAUAAUGAUGAAACCAAAGUUGACGCGAUAACUGAAAAAAUUGAGGAAAUGGGUGUAUCGGAUAACACAUCGUCGCAACCUCCUUUCACGGAAAACGAAAAACCCGACAAUAAUUCGACCAGCAGUGAAAAGAAAGAAGAGUCAAUGGCUUUAAUGUCUGUAGACAAGGUGGAACCUAGCAGCAAGAAUACAGCUGCUUCACCUUUCCAAUACUCACUAAUGUCAUCAUUGCCCCCAGUAAUCAUGGCAUCUGGUUUUACACGUUGCUUCAAGAAAAAGUUAAAGGAGAAAAUAGAAUUACUUGGAGGAAGUUUAACCUCAGAUUGGACUCACGCUACUCAUCUAAUCCUGAAAGAUCAAUUUAUCACAACCAAGAUGUUCCUUGCCAUUUGCCGAUUCAAAUUCAUAGUGUCAACUAGAUGGAUCUAUGAGUCCAUGGUGGCUGGAAAAUUUGUGCCCGAGAUGGAUUAUAUUACUACACAUACUAAAUUUGAAACCCAAUACAAAACAACGAUUGCUGACGUACUGACGAAGCCAGCGAGACAGUAUUUGUUUAAGGGUGUAACAUUUUUCAUCACACCGGGACCUUGGCUGCUGAAGCGAGAUGUUGAAAGAAUAAUUGAAUCUGCGGGUGGAACUGUAGAUCGUAGUCAAAAGUCACUUCGUCACAUGAGAGAUUACUCUUCCCGAUUUCCAAAGCGAAGUGCUAUUAUCACAAGUCACGAGGACUAUGCAUUGAUGCAGGACUUCUUCCUAGCGGCUCGACGACCGCAUGUUAUAAACAUUUAUACGGAAGAAUUUAUCUGGUACUGCAUUGCCACUCAAACUGUGCAGUUGCGUCAACCAAACCAGUAGUUACGCAGCUCCCUCAUCAGCCUUUCAUAAAUUUUAACAAACGCAUAUGUUAAUUAGUACUACAAUAUAUUUAAGACUUUUCAAUGCUUUAAUAUUUUUAUACUGUGUAAUCAAAUACUAUCGCUACCUUCAUGCAUAAUAGAAACUCGUUAAUUGUUGGUUUGAUAGCAAUAUUUUGUACACUCGUAAUGUGUUUUUAAGAUACACAGGAUUUUAUUAAAUGAAAUAUUGCUCUUAAUAUAAAUGA